AUGGCUAGCAAGAAGCAUAAGAACAGUAGCGAAAUGAGUGAAAGUGAGAAAAAAGCCCUCAUUUUGAAAAGAACAAGAAGUUUGUUUAAGCAAGCAGAAGAGCUCUCGAUUUUAUGUGCUAUACAAAUUGCAAUAAUUGUUUUUAGUCCAUGGGAAACUAGUCCUAUUUAUUGGCCGUCUGAAGCUCAAGCUACAGAGAUAUUCAAGAAUUAUUUGAAGAAACCUGAGGUUGUAAGGAUGAAGAAGUUAAUUAAACUUGAAACCUAUCUCUCAGAUAAAGAGAAGGCCAAGGAAGAAGAUAUUAGAAAAAUGGAGCAAAAGAAUGAGGAAAUGGAAAUGGAGUUCCUGUUGAGUGAACUUGUUAAGGGAAAGAGCAUGACUGAACUUGAUGUUAGACAAACUAAAGGUUUGUUAAAGCUAGUUGCUCUUAAGAAGGCUAAACUUGAGGAAAUGAAGAAACAACUAGCUGAGCAAAACUAG